UCAGACAUUCGAUGGUCUUACAUAAAAAAUUAUGAUUUAAAAGGCAAAUGAAGUGGGCCCAAAACUAGAUAUGAAGUGGAUUAAAUAUAUGAGUCCAAUUCGAGAUAAAACGAUUAUGGCUAUAUUAGAUGGCAAGACCAAAGCGGCUGUAUGGUUUGUAUCACGCUGUGUUAGUUUGGGAAAAAGAGAAAGAUUCGUCGAGGAGUUGAAACCAGAGUUAUCCCAAUUGAAUCUAAUGUUGGACGUGUACGGAAAGUGCGGUAAUUUGGUAUGCCCGAAGAAAUAUCGAGAGGUGUGUAAUGAGUUAGUGAAAAGAGACUAUUAUUUCUACUUAUCUUUUGAAAAUUCUAUCGCGACGGACUAUGUGACGGAGAAACUUUUGAUUGCACUGAAUAAUUACGCCAUUCCUGUGGUUUACGGCGGUGCAGAUUAUUCUAGGUUUCUCCCUCCUGGAAGUUAUUUGAACGCACGCGAGCAUGGCCCAGUGAGACUAGCGAGGACCAUGAAAGAUGUAAUGGGAAACAAAAAAAGAUUCCACAAUUUUUUUCGGUGGCGGAACCAUUAUAGAUACGAACGAGGAGAGAAUGAUUCUGAAAUUUGUAACAUUUGCACUGCGCUGAAUGAAGACAAACCCAGAAAUUUAAAUCUUCGCGGUGGAUUUACAGAGUGGUGGACUGGCGAAUAUAGUUAUAGAUGUUUUCCGAAAGGUUUGAUUUUAUCUCCUAGAAAUUAUAAUUUUGGAUCCACCAAUUUUUCUUACGUUUUACAUUUUAAUGUCGGUAAAUGUAAAAUGGGUGUUUUAAGCGAGACUUCUUCCAAGACUUCAUCUUUCUUUCUUUCAGAGGAUGAAACCGAUAUUUUUUGA